AUGUCGGACAGUACUGAUGAUGCUCUGAUUCUGCUGGAGAUUCUGGAAGUUCUUGGUGCAUGCCGUGCCCUUGUGUCCUAUGCAGAUGUGUGUGUGCAUCUGAGCGGACGAUAUGAACUUCAGCCGCUCUUGGAGCUCAGGAGUCUGCUGUACUCUACUGCGUGCCGGGACCCUUGUUUUCCAGCCACGCUGUUCCGCGAGCGGCUGCACCUGCCCUGCAGCAACCGUCUCUCUGCGGCCGCAGAUGUGGUCUCGCUGUUCAACUUGCUCACGCACACCCGUCUGCCUCCCACACACAAGGACUAUUCCCUGACCUCCUGUCUGGCCUGUGAUCAGGACCGUGCAUGUCGUGAUUGGCUGCGAGGAAGAGGAGGGGCUAUAGCACCGGGCUGUAAAUAUGAGGACUCUACUCAGAAACUGAUCACUUAUUACACUCCACCGCACUUACUUGCUUCCAUGCACUCUGGCUUACACGCACUCAACCGGCGGAGCAUGCAGAAAGCUCACUCCUUGGACAUUCCCAGUGGCACUGGGAAUCAAGAGUCAGACAGGAAGGUCUCGGUGGCCACUGAAGACGUGGAUCCCGCACACUUAUGUGCUCACAAGAGGAGAGUCUUUAAGGGGGAUUUUCACAACCUGUUACCAUUCGUCCCCAUAGAGAGCAGGAAACUAUCUGAGCAAAGCCCAGACGAAUUCAGGGAAGAGGGUAAGGAUGUAAGAUUUCAAGCCUGCAGAAAUCCGUACUCUGAUUCUCCUGCUGCACAAUUAACCGAUUCGUUACAAAUGCACACCCACGACUCAGAGGAAUCCCUUGAUGCAGAGACUGUUUACCCCCAAAAGCAUAAAAGCCUGGAUGACCUGCAGAGCUCCACCUACUUUGGCCCUACAGUAAUAGAGAGGAUCCAUCCAAGUCCAGCCCUGAUGGGCAAGAGCUACAGUCUGGACAUAGAUAGCAGGCUUGCAGAUGCAUCUGAAAAUGAAGUACCUGGACUAGACCAAACGAAACCUCACCGACCAAGAUCGGAAAAAUCUGCAUUGGAUAAAUCUGGACUAAGCAAACCUGGAUUACAUAAAAUUAGUUUUGAAGGAAGUAGUUUUGACAUCCCUGGGUUUGACCCAUAUAUCGUCAGGUCGGUUCAUGACACCCUGAAGCGUCUGAGCGGGCUGAGUUUGGAUGCAUGGUACGACUGGUCACCUGAUGCUGACGCCGUGGUUAGCGUGGGCACACAAACAGACCUGGGAGAUCGGCGUGCUCUCAAAAGCCUCUUGCUAAGUGACAAACUCUCGAUUGAUAACACUGAUAUAGACGAGGAUGACAUCAGUGCAAUCUUUCGCUUCCUAGAUGACAUUAGCAUGUGUGGAUCGAUGGCCGUGCUCCCUGGGGCAGCAGGAGGACCCCAUGAUGGAGGGGGCGCGGGUGGUUUGCCGGAGCGUCGUGAACGUUUGGGAAAGCUCCGACGGCUUUUUCAUUCUCUCGAGGGUCCGGAGGAAGGUGUACGAUGGGGCGUCGGUCGGCUCCUGCAGCGUGUCACAGAGCUCGAGCAGCGGCUGGAGCCUAUAUCGGAACUGCGGGACCAACUAGCCCUGGUCCUUACCACGUUAAAGAGGCUGGAGGAAAGAGAACAAAUUGUGCACGCAUACAUAGAGCCGCUGCCUGCACAACAACAGCCUCCACCAGGAGCUGGCAACCAACAGAAAGGAGACAAGAGACCCAGUUUAUGUGUGGACAGGGCUGAGGUGGUGGCAGCCAAGCGCAGAGGACUGUUUGCAAACCCCAAUUCCAGGAACCACACUGCAAGCAGUGGCUCUGAACAGCACAGUGAGUUGAAUGUCAGCUACAGUAGGGAGCAAAUCACACUUCAUCCUUCACAGGCAGAGCUGCAGUGUAAGAAAGAUGUCCAACCUGUCCAGGAGAGAAAGAGUUCUAUAUUCAUUCCACACACUCACAGAGCUUCACUGCAGAGCUCUGAUCAGAAUCCUAACAUGCGUCCAACUGACCGCCCUAAAGUUUCCUGGAGCCAGUCUGAGCUCGUGCCUCUUGACCUGCAGACCCAUGAAUCCAUGGACUUCUGGAUGGAUGAGGUUUAUACUCCAGUGUCAGACACACUCCUGCGGCGCUCACAGUCCCUCACCCGCUGCAGCAGGAGUCAGAGUUAUCGAGUCACUGCUAUCAGCAUUACUGCCACAGUUAUCCUCAUCCUCAUCAUAGUCAUUCCGAUUUGCACUGCAUAGACACACUCACACUCAAUGUUUGUUUGUUUAUUAGGGUUUUAAUGUCAUGUUGUACACUUUCGUUACAUUAAUGACAGGAACAGUAGUUACUCAUUACACAAGGUUCAGCAGUUCACACAAGGUUAUAUCGAACACAGUCAUGGACAAUUUAGUAUCUCCAAUCCACCUCACUUGCAUGUCUUUGGACUGUGGGAGGAAACCGGAGCACCGGGAGGAAAUCCAUGCAGACAUGAGGAGAAAAUGCAAACUCCACACAGAAAGUACCGGGACCGCCCCACCUGGGAAUCGAACCCAGGACCUUCUUGCCGCGAGGCGACUGUGCUACCCACUUAGCCACUGUGCCGCCCCACACUCAAUGUAACUAAUGUAAAUACAUUUACACAUACUCUGUACCUGAACACACUCUCAUUCUGCACUGCAUUGUUUUAAUUAAACUAGUUCUUAAGCAUGCCAGCAAAAUAAAGAUUGUACAAUGUAGACAUGCAC